UCAUUAAUAGCCUAGUCAAAGUCCGGGGGGGAUUUUAUAUGGGACAACGCGCUGUAGUUUCAAGGCCAAGUGUUGUGUCUACGUUACAUACUACCGUUCCCAAGAUUCUCUGUAGGCAGUGGUGGCACAGUGUUUCCGGAGUUUGUGUUGUUAGGGGGAAGGUGGGCGCUCGGGACCUGUUGGAAAUGACGGGACGAGAAAUCGGAUACCAGUGCGCAAAUCGAACCGAACACCCCCGAAGAUAAGACACAACUUCAGACCAGCAGAAGGGUUAUGUCCAAUGGAUACCCUGAUGAGCGCUGUGGGCCCGAGGGGCCCGGUUCCGUCCAAGCGGGCCUCGGAGGUGGACUUCCGCUCGGGCACAGCGCUGGAGCAGCUCUCGGCCCAGGUGCAGGAGCUGGUGCAGCUGGAGCAGUGCGAGUUCGGGGACCAGACGGCCCUGGAGGUGCACACCGCCAAAGACUUCAUCUUUAACAUGCUCGGCCUGGUGCAGAAGGUGGACCAGCGUCUGCCCGUCUCUAACGAGUACCUCCUGCUGAGCGGCGGUGCCCGCGAGGGCGUGCUGGACCUGAACCCCGAGGAGCUGGGCGACUACGCCAAGGGCGUGGACUUCGACCUGGACUUCACGCUGCUGGUGCCCGCCAUCAAGCUGCACGACCGCAACCAGCCCGUCACGCUCGACAUGCGCCAGUCGCCGCCGUGCCACUCCUGGCUCAGCCUGCGGCUGUGCGACCAGGCCAUGCUGGCCCGCUGGCGCUCGUGCUGCGAAGACGAGGAGGAGGGUGGCGCGGAGGUCCCGGAGGCUUCGCUCGUGGCCAUCGAGGACGGCACGGAGAACGGGGACGCCAGCGCCGGCGGCGGCGGCGGCAUCGGCGGAGGGAGAGCGUCCCUGCUGUCGCUUCAGCCGCCGUCGCCGCAGAGUCUGGACGGCUGCUACUUCUCGCCGGCGCUGGUCGCCGAUUGGUUCUGGGAGGUGGUGGGCGUGGCGGUGGAGGAGCUGAAGCGCAACCCGCAGCGGGGCAUCCCCGUGCCCGACCGCGUGGAGCGCAACGGGCCGGUCACCACGCUGGUGCUGACGGCGGGCACCAGCCGCGUGCUCUACGACCUGCUGCCCGUGGUGUCGUUCCGCGGCUGGCCCGCCGUCGCCCAGGGCUGGCUGACCACCAACCACUUCUGGGACGGCAAGAUCACCGAGGAGGAGGCCAUCAGCGGCUUCUACCUGCUGCCGUGCUGCUCGCCGCGAGGCGGGCGCCCCGACCGCGAGUGGCGCCUGGCGUUCUCGCGCAGCGAGGUGCAGCUGAAGAAGUGCGUGCCGUACCCGAUGGCGCAGGCCUUCCAGGCGGCCAAGGCCGUGCUGACGCGGCUGCUCUCGCGCCCGCGCAUGGGCCUGAGCCUGUACCACCUGCGGGCGCUGCUCUUCUGGGCGUGCGACCGGCUGCCCGCCGCCUACCUGGGCUGCCCGGAGCGCGAGACGCCCGCCCGCCUCCUGCUGGGCCUGCUGGACGACCUGGCGCACUGCAUCCUGGGCAAGAGCUGCCCCAACUACUUCCUGCCGCAGUGCAACAUGCUGGAGCACCUGACGGACGGCGCCGCCCUGCUGGCGGCGCGGAAACUGGCGCACCUGCGCUCGGACCCCGGCGAGCACCUGCGGGCGGCGCUGGAGCAGGCGCGCCAGGCCAGCCGGCUCAAGAGGGAAGCCGCCGGGCUCGCCGCCAACGGGCACGGCCCCGGGCACGGCGGCGGCAUGGGCGGCCUAGCGGGCAUCUCCGCGACCCUGGGCUCGCCCGGCGCCCACCACCAAUCGCCGCAGGACGACAAGCUGGCGCAGAGGCUCCAGCAGCUGGUGACGGAGAACCCGGGCAAGUCCAUCUCGGUGUUCCUCAACCCCGACGACGUGACGCGGCCGCACUUCCGCAUCGACGACAAGUUCUUCUGAGAACCCACACAGGGAUAGGGGAACACCGGGGCAUCUGGGCAAUAAAAUGACUUUGGUGAGCUGGGGGGGGGGGGGGGCAAUAGGGGUAUCUUACCCACCCUGGUAGAGUACACAGCGCCCCCUUGAGUCGCUUGAAGAGAUAACGAGCUGAAGACGCCAAUGCUUAAAGCUAACCCUUAGAUAUCACACAGAGGUACACACACACACACACACACACACUACACUACACUACACACACACUACACUACACUUUGGUUCAUAACCAAACUGAAUCAUGAAGAACUCUUUGUGAACUCUAUGAAGCAGACACUGGAAUGGCAGACUGGCAGAGCUUCUCUGUGUCCUGUAUGUUUGCUAUUCAGAGCUGCCGUAUGGCACCCUGGUGAGAGAGGGCUCGAUUGGGGCUUUUGCCUAGUGCCAGCUUGACCUCUCCUCUCCUCUCCUCUCCUCUCCUCUCCUCUCCUCUCCUCUCCUCUCCUCUCCUGCUCAUUUAUUCCCUCAUAUGGAAUCUGACGGCACUGACGGACGAGUUACAGGUGCAAAAGUGCAAGAAGAAGCUGGAAACUAUCAUUUUUUUAAAAGAAAACCUCAAUUGUGUGAUUGUCUAUGUGUGUGUGUGUGUGUGUGUGUGUGUGUUAGUGAACAGGAGUGUGUGUUUCCCCUGUCCAGUGCACCCCGCUGUUUUAUAAAGACGAGUGACGGCAUGUCGCUGAAGGGGAGCAUCUCUCUCUCCCCCCCCCCCCCCCCCCUCUCUCUCGCUUUCCCUCUUUCUUCUCUCUCUCCCUCUCUUCUUCUGUACUACUGAGGGCUGUUUGUGCUUUUUGCUCCGCUGUGAGCCGAGGCUCCUUUUCACCCCGAGCUCGACGGCACUGCGAGGAGCGGAGAGGAGCGGAGAGGAGAGGAGCGGAGAGGAGAGGAGAGGAGCGGAGCGGAGGGCGCGUUGGCAUGGCGCGGCACGGCGCGGCGCGAGGAGGAAGAAGAGACGCGUAGGUGGAGCUGAUGUAAGAGAAUGCAACGCGGCGCGAGGAGAGAAAAGGAGGGCAGCGUCUUAAAAAGCAGCCGGAGCCUCCCUUUCUUCUUCCUCUUCUGGCUUUUCUCCUCCCUUUCUUUCUUUCUCUCUUUCUCUCUCUUUCUCCCGCUCUCCGUUUCUUCUCUUGUGUUAUUCUUAGUCCGCCCUUGUUUCAACCCUGCCCAUACAGCUCUUCUUUUGAUCCCCUCCCCCUCUCCCCACUCCGCCCCUUCCCCUCCCCCUCUCUCAGGUAUCUAUAUAUUUUUUACGAACCCACGAGCGUACUUUUUCUCCACCCCCCCACCUCCUGCACCCCACCCCACCCCCGCACCCCCUGGAUUGAGUCGAGGCUACUACUCUGAUCAGCUGGUUCUCUCCUGAGUUUUCCCCCUCAACUCCGCAACACUAGGACGCCAGGCCAAUCAUACCGUACUGUACUGUACUGUACUGUACUGUGCCGUACUGUACUGUACUGUACUUCUCGCCUGUCUGGCUGCCUGCUUGUCUGACCCUGUUGAGUAAAGAUCUGGUACGCUAACAAACGACACGCACCAAAGACCCCUGAAACCCAUUCUUCACCAGGUCCUGGUACCACUCCUCUCCGUAUUUGCCAGGCCCUGGUACCACUCCUCCUGGUACCACUCCUCAUGGUACCACUCCUCUCCGUAUUUGCCAGGCCCUGGUACCACUGCUCCUGGUACCACUCCUCCCCGUGUUCGCCAGGCCCUGGUACCAGACUUUUUGCUUUUUAUUGCUGCUAGGGGUGCGGAGCUUUGCAGAGCUUUGUGGAGAGUCAUCUGCUGGACUGUCGGAACUGCUGUAAAAAAAAAACAAGAGACUUUAUUUCCCAAAGGAUUUCAAGCUCUGACACCUCAACCAUUUUCAGGGCUUUGGCCCUGGGACUGCCAGUGCCCAAGUGUGUGUGUGUGUGUGUGUGUGUGUGUGACUUGGAUGGUGUUGUGUGUGCUUUAUUGCCAUGUCUGUUUUGCUACUUACUCUAAGCCUAGUGUCUGAAUGGUAUUUUUUUUUUUUUUUUUCAAAAGAUGUUUCUGUGGUGUAUAUGCCAUAUUAGCCCUGCAUGGGGUAUACGUGCCCCUUGAAUUCCACAUGGAUGAGAUGGCGAGGUUUCAAAGAGACGUUUUGAUUGUACACGGGUCAAUUAAAGACGUCGGGACGGAAGACAAUGCUGCAACGUAACGUGGUGACGACACUUCCACAGGAGGUCUGCUGUCAGGCGAGUUCAAGUUUGAACUCUAGUAACCUCUAUACAAUAAGUGUGUACUGUACGUUGGGCGGAUUAGACUAUGACUGUUCCUCACGUGCAGCAACUGUGUGGAGUGGGCAGUGCGGGUGGGUCGGCUGGUUUUCACUUUUGGCAGAGCUGGUCACAGCAGUGUUUACUAGUGACACUGACCAUGUCCCAAAGUUUCUGUAGCACUUCUAGUGCAUUUACAUAGAUAGACAUUUAGCACGUGAUCUGGACACGCUUUACUUGGAUGGUUCCCUGCAGACCUCUCUCAGAUGCUCCACUUAUAAACAAACACGGUGGUAAUGUUAACAAUGUUAUGGGGGUUACUGUAGAAUAGAGAUUGGGUUUGGAGAAGGUGAUGUUCAAUAAUUGUUAUAUAACAGCCAUUUUAGACUGAAGGACUGAAGUGUAAUGUCAACAAACAAUCUGGAAGAUCUCUGUAGGCGAAGUAAUCCAAGUAGAAUGUUAAAAACCCAUAAACUUGACUAAGGAAAACAAACGAAAACCUCACACAAACGUGUGGCAUUACUGUUAUGACCAAAACUGGAAAAUCAGCUAGAAGUCCCACAAGUGUGGGUGUCCAUGCCAGGCGGUUGUGGUGUGUGAGUUAGCUGUGUACAGGGGAUGUUUCUGAA